AUGGCUUGGGUUAAUACGGGCAUGCAAGCCCUAAUACCAAUCAUUAAUAGAUUGCAGGACGCAUUCGCUCAGCUCGGAACUUCUUUAAACUUUGAUUUACCACAGAUAGCUGUGGUUGGAGGACAAAGUGCUGGCAAAUCAUCUGUGCUGGAGAAUUUUGUCGGAAAAGACUUUUUACCUCGCGGAUCAGGCAUUGUGACUAGACGGCCUUUAAUUUUACAGCUGGUUCAUGAUCGUGUUGAAUAUGGAGAAUUUUUGCACAAAAGAGGACAGAAAUUCGGUGAUUUUGAUAUGAUAAGGAAGGAAAUAGAAGAUGAAACAGACCGGGUUACAGGUCAGAAUAAGGGCAUCUCUCCUGUUCCAAUCAAUUUGCGGAUUUUUAGCCCAAAUGUAUUAAAUUUGACUCUUAUCGAUUUGCCGGGUCUUACUAAAGUACCUGUUGGUGAUCAGCCGCCGGAUAUCGAACAUCAAAUACGAGAUAUGCUGCUAACUUAUAUUUCGCGUGAAACUUGUCUCAUUUUGGCAGUCACACCAGCAAAUAGUGAUCUUGCAACAUCAGAUGCACUAAAACUUGCCCGAGAGGUUGAUCCGCAAGGCUUGCGAACCAUAGGAGUUCUGACUAAAUUAGAUCUGAUGGACGAAGGUACUGAUGCUCGUGAUAUUUUAGAAAAUCGUCUGUUCCCACUUCGCAGAGGUUACGUCGGGGUUGUCAAUCGUGGUCAGAAGGAUAUUGUGGGCAAAAAAGAUAUCAGAGCAGCUCUCGAUGCGGAGCGCAAAUUCUUCAUUUCACAUCCAGCAUAUAGACAUCUGGCGGAUCGUCUUGGAACACCCUAUUUACAAAGAACAUUAAAUCAGCAGCUUACUAAUCAUAUCAAAGAUACAUUGCCGGCAUUAAGAGAUUCAUUACAAAAAAAGCUGUUUGCAUUGGAAAAAGAUGUAACAGAAUUUAAAAAUUUCCAGCCUAAUGAUCCAUCAAGAAAGACAAAAGCUCUCAUGCAAAUGGUGCAGACUUUUACCACAGAUAUUGAUCGAUCAAUUGAAGGAUCGUCAGCAAAAGCUGUAAGCACCAACGAGUUGUCGGGUGGAGCGCGAAUUAAUCGAAUUUUUCAUGAACGCUUUCCAUUUGAAAUCGUGAAGAUGGAAAUCGAUGAAAAAGAAAUGAGACGAGAAAUUCAAAUUGCAAUACGAAACAUUCAUGGCAUUCGCGUUGGUCUUUUUACUCCUGAUAUGGCAUUUGAAGCAAUAGUCAAGAAACAGAUUGAACGUCUCAAGGAGCCAUCAUUAAAGUGCGUUGAUUUAGUUGUCAAUGAAUUGGCUGCAGUUGUACGACAGUGUGCUGAAUGUGUUGCACGUUACCCGAGGUUACGAGAUGAAAUUGAACGAAUUGUGACAACUAACAUGCGAGAAAAAGAGCAAAGUGCGAAAUAUUACAUAUCAAUGCUUGUCGAUUACGAGCUAGCCUAUAUGAAUACAAAUCACGAAGAUUUCAUUGGGUUUUCGAAUGCUGAAGCAAAGGCAUCGUCAAAUUCACAAAAGAAAAAUCUUGGGAAUCAAGUUAUAAGAAAAGGCUGGUUAUCAGUGCAUAAUAUAUCAUUUGUUCGCGGUUCCAAAGACUGCUGGUUUGUGCUCACGUCUGACAAUUUAUCUUGGUAUAAAGAUGACGAGGAAAAAGAAAAAAAAUAUAUGUUGCCACUAGACGGGAUAAAACUACGCGAUCUCGAAGCCGGUUUCAUGUCAAAGCAGCACAAAUUUGCUCUAUUUUAUCCCGACGGAAAGAAUAUCUAUAAGGAUUAUAAGCAGUUGGAAUUGAGUGCUAGUAAUUUAGAUGAAGUUGAUGCAUGGAAGGCAUCAUUUCUUCGAGCUGGAGUUUAUCCAGAAAAGGAAAAGCAGUCUGAUGAUGGCGAGGUUGAUUACAUGAUUACUGCAGAAAUUGAAACUUCAGUUGAUCCUCAGCUUGAACGUCAAGUGGAAACGAUUCGCAAUCUUGUUGACUCAUAUAUGCGCAUCGUUACAAAAACAAUUCGAGACCUUGUACCAAAAGCAAUCAUGUUCCUUAUUGUAAAUAAAGUUAGUGAAUUUUUACGUGAUGGGGAUUUACUUGCAAAUCUUUAUCAACUUGGAGAUACGGAUUCACUAAUGGAAGAAAGUCAGUUUGAAGCACAAAAAAGAGAAGAAAUGUUUCGUAUGUAUAAUGCGUGUAGAGAAGCUUUAAGAAUAAUUGGAGAAGUUAAUAUGUCAACAAUAUCGACUGAUGCACCUCCUGCUGUAUCAAGUGAUUGGUUGAGAUCAAAUGGACCUUCUCCGAUACCACGGUCUGCACCACAGCCACCAGGAAUGGGGGGUGGGAUAACUGCGCAGCGCCCUGCACCAAUGCCACCUCGACCAGUGGCUAAUACGCAGAAUGCAUCAAUGUUAGCGAAUCGACCAUUACCGGGACCACCGGGUGGCCUUCCAGCACCACUACUUCCCAUUCGAGUGCACAGUAGCUCAUCAAAUCAAAACGGCAUUCCACCAAGGAUACCAGAUCGACCGCAGAUACCUGCACGACCUUACUGA